AUGAUGCUCUACACAUCGAUGUUCUACUCGGCCUACGAGGGAAAGAAGAAGCAGGAGAAAACGGAGGUCGAUGAGAUUAAGGAGCGUGUUGUGGAGCUAGCCGAAAUCGAGAGGGAAUCGAUCACCAAGAUCAUGAGACUGGAAGAACAACUCAAUAUGUACAGCGAGGAGUUGAAAAUGCAGCGAUACGAGAGAAUGGCACUGGAAAAGGUGGUGAUGGAACAGGAGAACAAGCAGCUAGUCAGCGGACUAUUGAAAUUGCGUGACGAUCUAGAAGACCACCAGAUAUUGCUAUGCAAACUACAACAGAACGUUCAAAAUAAAGCGACCGGUAAGCUAGCAAGUCUCUGGCGACCUCCUCAAAUCUCAGCGGACAUGAGUAAAUCAUCGAAAGAACAAGUCGAUCUAUUAGGACAACAAUUGGAAGAGGAACUACAAAGAAUUUUAAAUAUUAUUCAUAGCACAGAAGUUAAACCUGCAACCAUUAGUAAAAAAACUGGAGAAAAGUUAUUGGAUAAAGAAAGACAAACAUAUAAUAGUAAUAAUAAUAAUAAUAUAUUUAAUGAUAUUGAUUAUUAA